UUAGAUAUAUAAAGCAUGAUGUAAAAAAAUCCCGCAGGGAUACGGUUACAUUAAAUAACGUUUUAUUUUAAUGUUUAAACCGAUGGGGUGACACUGACAUCUUAUGAACAAUGAAAUUUACUGAUUUCCUGAAAAACACCAUGGAUACAUCUAGUUUUCAUCAGCUACUUGCGGCGCCAAUAAAAAAUGUUUUACAAGUUCAACGCAUUAAAAAAAUAAAAUGGAUGAAUCCUCGAGCAUGUACAAAUGAAGCGUAUAACCCUACUCCUAUAGAGCAUGUAGCAAAUGUGGCUACUCAUGGAAUUUGGGUUGUACCGUCAGUCUUAGGGAGCUUAGAACUUAUCCGUCGUUCAGCAACGUGGACACAAUUAGUAUCAGCUUGUGUAUAUGGUACAUCUUUGAUUCUUGUUUUUGCCAUAUCAACAUUCUUUCAUAGUGUACAUUACUGCAAUUACAACAGGCAACUGAAGGAUGCACUUCAUCGUUGUGAUCGUGCUAUGAUUUACAUUUUUAUUGCUGCUAGUUAUUUUCCUUGGUUAAAUGUAGAUCAUUUCCCUCACGAUGAAUUAUUGUUUUUAAUGCGUUACACUGUUUGGAUUAUGGCAAUAUUAGGCAUACUUUAUCAACAAAUCUUCCAUGAACGAUACAAAAUGUUAGAAACAAUUUUUUAUGUAAUUAUGGGAAUCGGUCCUAGUGUUGCUAUCAUUAAUGUUUACAAUUAUUACAACAUUACUGAGCUGAAAAUGGGAGGAGCUAUUUACAUUACUGGUCUGGUAUUUUUUAAAUCUGAUGGUCGCAUACCUUGCGCGCAUGCAAUCUGGCAUCUUUUUGUUGCUGCAGCAGCUGGAUUCCAUUACUACGCCAUACUGUACCAUGUUUUUCCUGCGACUGGUUCACCAGAUAUUUACAUAGCAGCAGGUAUGCCACCUUUGCCUACCUUAUUAAAAUCUCAAAUCGAAGAAUUAUGA